GAAUUUAUCUACACUAAGAAUAGAUCCGUGCAAUACAGUUCAUACAAUUAAAAUGGCUAGAUUCGUGGUCAUUCCCGUCGCUCUUCUCUGCUGUUAUAAUUUCCUGUCUUCUUCCGCUUUGGAAUUACCCCCUGAUGGUUUUUGGUUCAACUGUGGACUUGACUUUUGCGAGUUUCCAGCUGAAUACUGUCGGGUGAUAAAGGGUCAGCGUCCCUCGUGUCAGGCCUGUACUCAAGACGAGUGUUACUCGUUAGACACUCCGUCCCAGUGCUACAGUCAGUGUAAAGCACUUGAGAAUGGAGGAUCUGAUGGUAUCGGUGCUAACCAGGCAGCGAAAGAGGGACUGCUUGCUGUCCAAGAAGAAGAGAAAGACAGACUUAUAUUGUCACUAGAGGAAAAUAAAAGACAAUGGACAAUCAUCUACAUCCUAGUGUCUAUAAUGAUGGCCAUGCUAAUAUUCAUCAUUGUCCUACUAAUAAAGAUACGCAGAGAUAACCGAAAACAAAGUAUCAAAGACAGACAGGGGACAAUGAGACAACUGAAAGCAGGACCGCAGCAAAUGACACGUUUUGAUGACGAGGAGACUGACGUUUCUAACGGAAUAACUGUAGAGCCUGCAGGAGCAAGUGUUGUUCAGAAGACGAUGGGAGAAACACAUGUCGUUGAUAACUGUCUGGCAGAAAAAGUCCCAUUGUUGCCUCCACGUGGAAACAAGCAACCAGCACUAGCAGAAGGAGAACAAUGCCAACCAUCAGAGCGAUCCGGUAAUACAGAGUGUCAAUUUUCAUCCAAACUUAUGGACGACGGUAGUAAUGGUCUGGGUAGACACAUGGAGGAAUCAACCAAUUGGCCCUCAAACCAGGCGGUAGUACCAGUCAUCAGCCAUCCUAUAGACGAACACAUGUCGACCAAUCUUGCAGACUGCACCCUCCUUGACAAGCAUAAUAUGAAACUGAUAUUGAAUGCUAACGUCCCCAGUAGCAGACGUCAUUCUACCAAUGACGAAGAAACGAUGACAAAGAAUGUCUUUGAGAAGGAGGAUCAAGUAUCCCUUCCGAGAGAUAUCGAGACUCAAGUACAACAUAGACCGCGAUCAACCACGGUAUUAAAUAACGUCACACCUACAGCCCCUCCAGCCGAGUCGUCUAUCAGUCUGUCUUCUGAAAGAAGUGGCACCACAAGUGGAAUCUCAACUCCAGACAGUGGUCACUACGGAACCGGCAACUCUAGCCCUAACGGAAGCGUUGAUCUGAAGAACAAUAUCAUGCAGCAACCAGCAGUUAAUAGACAACAGGAAGUAGAAUCAUGAGCCGAGUUGUUAUACUUUAUAGAUUGAUUAUUGUAGUAAAUAUGGCCAGUAUCAUUAUAAAGACGUGAAUUAAGCUAAUGUCAACGAUGGUGAUGUGAAACUCUAGAACGAGGAUAAAAAUAAACCCACUUCUUGUCGGGAGAGUUACAUAUACAAUUCGUAUUUAUUUAGUUUUAAAAACACUUUAAUUUAUUCCUCACAAUCGAUACACUGGAAGCCAUCAGGGUGUUAUUGAAAAUUGUUUUAGGUCAUGAUAUUGUUAUGUAUUACUCAGAAUGAUUUCAAACUAUUCCAACCGCCUACCAUUCUGGAAAUUAUUAUAAGCAUGCAGAAGGGUAUAAGGACUUUCUGCUGUAAAUUAAGAAUCAUUAUUCCUGAUUCAUAUGCAUGUAAAUAUAUAUGAUGGUAAAACGUGUUAACUGUAUUGCAGUGUAAAACGUUUGGUUUUCCGUAGACGUUAUUUAUUUUCAGGUUUGCAUUUUCUCUGUUUGCUUUUGAAGUUUUAUUUUGAAAUAAAUUUAAGAAU